CUUAUAAAAAGUUUCGACGGAAAUGGUAUCUCGAAGCGCGCUUUCUCCUUCUCCUCCAGUUUUCGACUCGAUCGCUGUGCGAACGAGUACAUAUUUUCCGGCGAUCUCGCCGGAGAAAGGGAUCGGUUGCUGUUUUGGUAUUGGUGAGAAGAAAGUUGCUGAGUUUGGGAGAGAGGAAGAAGACGGUUUUCUGAUUUCAGACUCGUUUAAGUUUCCGUAUUACAGGGAUUGUUUCGCAGGGAGGAUUAGGGUUUAGGUGCAGCGAUUUUCGUUCAUGGGGAUGUCAGCGGACAACUGCCGAGGCUUUGCGCUUGCCCUGUCCUCCAGUUUUUUUAUCGGUACUAGUUUUAUUGUGAAGAAGAAGGGACUUAAGAGAGCCGGCACUUUUGGAGUAAGAGCAGCUUCGGGAGGCUUCUCAUACUUGCAGGAGCCAUUGUGGUGGGUUGGAAUGAUUACAAUGAUUGUUGGUGAGGCAGCAAAUUUUGCUGCUUAUGCAUUUGCUCCAGCAAUACUUGUGACUCCUUUGGGUGCUCUUAGUAUUAUUGUGAGUGCAGUACUAGCUCAUUUUAUUUUGAAUGAAAAAUUGAACGUGCUCGGUGUUCUUGGUUGCAUUCUUUGUGUGAUGGGUUCUACAAUUAUUGUUUUGCACGCACCAAAAGAACGGGAGAUUGAAUCAGUAAAACAAGUUUGGCACCUGGCAUUUGAACCAGGUUUUAUAGUUUACUCUUGUAUAGCCAUGCUCGUGGUGAUUAUCCUUAUUAUUAAAUUUGAGAAACCUUAUGGCCAAACAAACAUGCUGAUAUAUCUUGGAAUUUGCUCGCUUAUGGGAUCUCUUACGGUAAUGAGUAUCAAGGCUUUAGGAAUUGCCAUAAAGCUCACCUUUACAGGGAUGAAUCAAUUUAAAUAUGGCCAAACUUGGUUUUUCGCUAUUGUUGCAGCUCUCUGUUGUCUCGUGCAGCUCAAUUACCUAAACAGGGCGCUGGAUAUCUUCAACACUGCUGUAGUAUCACCUGUCUACUACGUGAUGUUCACUUUGUUCACAAUCUUAGCUAGUAUGAUUAUGUUUAAGGAUUGGGACUCUCAAGAUGCAACCCAAAUAAUUUCAGAAAUCUGUGGAUUUUUCACAAUUCUUUCAGGAACUUUACUUCUCCACAUGACUAAAGAUACCAAAGCAACUACUGCUAACAAUGAGCAGUCCAUGCUUACUGAGACAGAGCUACAGAACCCUUAAAAUCUCUGCGUUUGAUCCAUAACUGUCCUCUGAAAUUUUGUUCAUCAGAUCAGCAUAUGAAUUUUAGAUGACAUUGGAAAUAAUUAGAAGAGAUGGGAGGAUUUGCUUACUAAUCGAUUCGUCUUCCCGUUCGGCGAAGAAAAGCAGUUAUUUUUUUGAUUUAUACAAAUUUAGAAUAGGAUGG